UCGCCCCGUCCUUCGCCCGUCACGCGCUCCUUAUAGGCUGGACUGACUUGUUCAAAUCGUGGGCGCGACCUCCUCCCUGAGGAACAACAGACUCUAGAAAUAUGAGUCACUGUGAGCUGGAAGAGGUGACACAGUGCAUCAAUGACAAGAUUUCACUCAUCAAGAAACUUUUGGACCUGCGUGCAGUAGCCAGUGAUGCUGACAAACGGGCAUUUCUGCUCAAAAUCGAGCAGGACGUCAACGCUAUAAAUGACCUCCUUGAUCGGUUUGAGAAAUGUGUUACUCAGCAGAGAGACCUGCUCAAGCAUUUGAAGGAACUGGAUGACUUCUUCCAGGAGGAUAUGCAGGAUGCCCGUCACCUAAAAGAGAACAUCCCACAGCACAUGCCAUGCAAAGGGCAGCAGGCAGCUCAAGGAGGCCAGGCAGACACACAGGCGGAGCUAAGUGAACCACCUCUGCCCAAAAAGCCGCCACGCUCCCACAUCAAAGAGAUGGAGUUCAUCACCAUGCAAGAGUUCGACACCAUCCCCCAAUACAUGAAAGGACGGGUGACGUAUGACCAGCUGAACGCGGCUGUGCGGAGCAUUAACACUGCCGUGAUGGCGAAAUACAGGAUCCUACAGCAGCCUGCCAAAAGCCUGAGCAAUACCGCACGGAAACUUCACCAGCGAUUUAAAGAGCAGGAAACCAAAGAUACUAAAGGGCUGUUCUUCGUGGUGGAGGAGGACUUGCGGGAGCUGGCCCAGCUGAAGUUGGAUAAGCGCUUUGUGGGCAUGCUUAACAUGCUGAGACAUUGCCAGCGGCUGAAGGAGCUCCGUGGAGGAGGUCUGACGCGCUACGUGCUGCUGUGAGCUGCUUCAGACCUGUUGGGGGUGCUAGUGAGCACACUGGUGAUACAUUUCACCCACACUUCUAAGACGCAGACCUUCUCCUGAUAUACUACCCAGAAUAACCUCAACCUUGAUCAGAGGAUCUGCAUAAACAAAGACACGUUUGUGGUGUUUAUGGUGUCUAAUCCCUGCACGUUUGGUUGAUGGAGUUGUGGAUUCUUCUGAAGUACGGUAGCACUAAACGUGGCAUUUGUAAGAAGGUGCUGGAAGGUCAGUAUGGUCUCUUCAGCUCCGACAAAGCCACUCACGGCCUAUCCUACUUUAGCUCGCUGAGACUGGCACCUGUAUGCCUGCCUGUGACAGAGCGCGCUAUGAACCUUUUUGUUACAUCGCAUUUUUUUUUUUUGUAAAUUUCCCAUUUUAAAUGAGCAUUAUAAAAUGUCUGUAAUAAUAAAGAAGCAGCUAAUGCUAAUUGA